AUGACGACUGACAAUGCAUGUCCAAUUUGCCAAGAUACCCUCCAUGGAACCCUUUCGGUUGGCUGCACGGUUCCUUGUGGACAUUUGUUCCAUCGCAAGUGCUUUGAAACAUGGCAGAUUCACUCCAGCUCGGGAAAGUGUCCCUGCUGCAUGAUCAAGAUGACAGGUUUUAUCGACAAGAUCCAUAUCACGCUACCCUCGGUCAAUGGUUGCAACUUGCUGGAUGACCCUAGCAUUUGUCUUCAGCGUCGAAAAGCCUUGACCAAAGAAAAAGCCAAACGGUCAGCCAUGAUGCGUCACAGUGAACGAAGGAAGAUCCGCGCGGACUCCUCUAUCACCACGACAGCGGGCGAGAGUUUCACAAGCUGCAGCGACAUCAACAGCAACAAUGAUACCUCGACGACUAUGGUGGGAUUGGCGGCAGCCGCUCAGCCGAACAUGUCCUUGAGCGGUUCGCUGCAACGGACGAUACAAGAUCCCCUCAAGAAUGCCAAGAUGGUGGAACAGAACUUUGGUGGUGAUGACCAGCAGCCUUCUUUGGGAGACAACACUCGAAGUCGCAGCAACAUGAGUACAACCUUCUCAGAUAUUGACGAUCUAGAGCAGCAUAUACCCGACGUAGCCGAAUCCAUCAUGCGGAACAUUGAAAGAUCCAUCCGUCAGAUUACUCCGAAACGAUACCCCAAACAGCAAGCAAAAAAGAGACCGCCCAGCGGUAGUGUCAGUAGUGGUAGCUCUCCCAUAGGUCAAUCAGUUGUGGUCAACAACGUGAAGAAGCGAUAG